AUGGCCCUCAUCCGCGCUGCUGUCGCGCCCCUGCGCGCCGCACGCUGCAUCCGACAACCCCUCUCCUCCAGAGGCUUCGCCGUGUCCGCCCGGCGACAAGGAGGUGGCGGCGAGCACCAAUUCGAUCCUCCUACCGGCUGGCUCUGGGGUGUCAAGCCUGGCGAGAAGCCUGAGCCUGAGGGUUGGGAGUGGCCUACCUAUAUCUUCCUCGGAAGCAUUGCCGCCACCGCUGUUGCGCUCGCCUUCAAGCCCGAUACUACUGUCUCUACCUGGGCUCUCGAGGAAGCACGAAGAAGGUUAGAAGAGGAGGGUGUUCUGCCUGACCCCUCCAAGCAGGAGAAGAAGAACUAA